AAGUAGGUUACUUGGGACAUCUGCUUAAAGUGCUUGACAGUUUACUUGUCUUUACUGACUUUACUGUUUACUGUACUUUCUUAUCACGCGUUAUCGUUUUUUGGAAAAACUGAUCUUACUAUGGUCGGUUGUAAUAUUUUCGGAUAAUAUACUAUCGGUUCAAAUAUUUUUCGGCAUAAAUACAGUUCGGCCUAAAUAUUUGUCUGCUUAAUAAAUACAGUUCGGCUUAAAUAUUUUUCAGCUGAAUUACUGUUCGGCUGAUUUAUUUUCGGUUUUUUUUAUCAUAUCAUAGGUCGUCGGGCAACCAUACCAUCUUAAAUCGUGGUCGUCGGGCAACCACACUAUGUUAAAUCGUGUUUAAAAUUAAUUUUUUUGAUUUAUAACUUUAAUUUAAAUUAAUUUACAUUAUACUACUUUGUUAAAAUUUAAAAUGAGUUUUUCAAGUGUACGUAGUAUAUUACAGGUAAUUAAAAAUACAAAGUAAUUGUAGGUAUAUUAACAUUUUUUUUUUUUUACAAUAAUUUAUACUUAUAAUUAUUUUUCAAAAUUAUUCAAAUGUACCUUUUAAAUUUAGAAUGCUAAUACAAAAUAUUGAUUUUUUUUUUCAGCACACUCGUAGAAUAGCUCAAGUCAAUAAUGGGUUAAUGUUCAAUAGUAUUCGUGAGUUGACUAUACCAAUUGUUGUAGAACAAACAGGUCGUGGGGAACGUUCCUAUGAUAUAUUUUCUAGACUUCUUAAAGAACGCAUUGUUUGUGUUAUGGGAGAGGUGAGUAAACCAAAAUAAAACAAUUUAUUUAAGUUUAAUUAAUACUAAUUGAAAUAUUUUAUAUUGUUAGAUUAAUGAUCAUGUUGCUUCAUUGGUGAUUGCUCAAUUAUUAUUUUUACAAUUUGAAAAUCAAAAAGCAACUAUCAAUAUGUAUAUAAAUAGGUAAUAUUUUCUGAAACAGUAUUUAUCAUGGUGCGGUUAUACUUAAGGAAAAUAAAUAUAAUUUUUUUAGUCCUGGCGGCAGUGUUACAGCUGGUCUAGGUAUUUAUGACACUAUGAUGUAUAUUAAACCAGAAGUGUCCACUUGGUGCAUAGGGCAAGCUUGUAGCAUGGGAAGUGUUUUAUUAGCUGCUGGAGCAAAAGGCAAAAGACAUGCAUUGCCACAUUCAAGAAUUAUGAUUCAUCAACCUUCUGGCGGAAUGCAGGUAUAAGAUGAAUAAUAUUAAACACAAAUAAUACAAUUUAUUGAUAUCUGUAUUGGUUUUCUUAAUAUUGAUUGUAUUGAUAUGUUUAAACACCAAAUAAUUGUAUAUAUUUUACUUUAUAUAUGAUAAUAGUUUAGCCAAAAACUUGAGUUUACUUACACCUAAGAUUGGCCAAUCUAUAUAACUCAAUUGACAGAAGGAUAGGUGCAUAAUCAUGUAAUACAUAAUCAACACUUGAUUUGGAGAAAAUGACUGAUAUGAUUUAAAAACUUGUACUGAACACUUUCAAGCAUGAUACAAAUUUCCGCCGGGAAAGGUUUUUAAAUGACAGAAUCAUAUUCUAAAAUUAGCUUAACAAACAAUAAAGGGCUUUUAAAGGAGAUUGUGAUUUACAUUUGUAGUUUUAAGGUUGCUCCACAUUUAAAUUAGGAUUGAUUAUUGAAUUGAAGAUAAAAAUUAAAUCAGUAGCAGAUUUGCUGAGCAACAUCAAAGAUGAUCCAUUUACGUCAUUGUUAUAUGUAAAGGGGAAUUUAAAAUAAGUGAAAGUAAAGGAAUAACACUUGGAAAUAUUGAACAUUAACCCUAGUUUAUCUACCCCUGAUCAUACUUAUAAUAGAUAUUCAAUAGGUAAUUGCAUAUUAGAUAGUAAUACUUAAUUUAAAUAAUUACAGGGAAAAGCUUCUGAUAUGAAAAUCGUAGCUGAUGAAAUUUUGAGACUAAAGUCUUCAUUGACUAAAAUAUAUGUCAAACAUACGGGAUUAUCAGCAGAAAAAAUUGGUGAGAUUAUUUAAUUUUUAUACAAUAAUAGUUAACUCAAUAAAAAGGAAGGGUCAAAAGUUUUUAGAAUGUUUACUAGUCUAAUGCUAAUGUUCAAUAAUCUCUCAUAAACUGUAAUUUUUUUAUGUAUAAAUUCCUGUAGUAUUACAAUUUUGAAUAAACAGUUUAUUAAAAUAUUUUCAACAAUUUAUUAUUAUUACUAAAUACAAAAGAAAAUUUAUUUAAAUAAUGAUACAACAAUAAUAAUUAACAAUUUAAAAUUUACUUAAAAAAAAAAAAUUAACUUAAAGAAAUAAAAUAAAAUAUUAUAUAAUGUAUUAAAUUGGAUUUAUAACAAUAUGAAACAAUAUUAACAUUUUUUAGAUGCUAGCAUGGAAUCAGAUCAUUUUAUGAGUGCUGAUGAAGCAGUUACUUUUGGAUUGAUUGACAAAGUUGAACAACCAUCAAUAAAUUAAUUUAAUGUAAUUUUAUUUUAU